AUGUGGUCUCUGGAUCUCUUUGUGCUAGUCCUUCCAAAGCUUAAAGGAUUCAUUUCUGCGCAACAUCACGCCAGGUUUAAUAUAAUUUAGCUUUUAUUCAACAAGUACCACUAGUCUAUGCUUUUAUCCUGUAUUACGGUAUUUAUGGUCGGUAUAAAUCAACGGCUAGAACUCAUAACUUCAUAGAAGGCUAAACAUAAACAAAACACUUAAAACUGUAUUUGGGAGUACAGGUAAAUACUAUUUGACUGGUUCAGACUUUGUAGUUAAUGCAUACCCAAAACUUUUUCGGGUCUACACGGUAGAAAUAUCGUGCCUUAAUUCCUCCAUAAUGAUGCGGCUGGUGACUAUAACGUGCGCGUAACGAAAUAUGAGAAAAAUAGGACAACAAACUGAAACAAUGCAAGAGAGAAAAAGAAAGAAGAAAAACGUGCAUUACUUUUUCUCGAACAGGCGUUGUAUUUGGCCUUUGAUUUAAGUCAGAUUGACUGGCACUUGCGCCACGGCAAGGUUACAAAUAGGUCCCGAAAAAGAGCCAUAUCACCUGUAGGGAAAACUGCAAACUAUGAUUGCAGUGAUGUACCCUAUUAAACAAAGUGCAUUCUGGUUGAAGAAACUUUUCGUUGUUUUUUUGUUUUCCUGACAGUCACGUUGAAAUGGCGAGUGGCAUUAUACAUGUUGUCUUAAAGAAAGUCGCAGUCAUCAUUCGCCGUACAUCAAAAGGUGAGUACUGUGACUUGUACAACCUCUGUCAGGCAAUAAGGCCAGCAUACGAAGGAAAUCAGGCCUGAAUCUCGUUUCAGGAUGCGAUCUGAUAAUCAUUGAUUCAAGCAAAUGAAGGGAUUUUCGUAUGAACGUAUAAACAGGAUCACAAUUGAAAACUGGCAUGAAGAGUUCUGAUUGGUUAAGCGGGCGGAAGGAAACAUUUCGGAAACUUUUGAUUGGUUGUUCCCACAAAGUAAUAUUCUUUGGGUGCGCGUAUGAUGACUUUAUGUCUUCAAACUCAUUACGCUCAAGCCAAGGGGUAACAAGUGAAACUACAUUCACAUAAUACAUAAAAACAUUGUCCACAAACUCAAAAGUCAGGUCACAAGUCUUCAUAACACACUCUUUAUUUUUUAUUUUAUUCUAUUUCAAUAUUUAUCCAGGGGCAUCCCAUUUAGCAGAGCUAGUUUAAAUGGAGCCCUCUCAGAGUGAAAGAGUUAAAUCUAGCUGAUUUGUUAUUGUGUGUUAUGUAUUUACAGCGAACAAAAACAAAGAUAAAGAAAUGAAAGUCAAAGCCUGCACAGAUGAGCUCAAGGAAAUCAAGGACAUGACAACUGAAGUCCUACAUGUUGUUAAAUCCACAAACAGAAGUAACCCUGGAGAUCCUGGAUCUAUGAUCUCGGUUCUUAAAGAGCUCCAGUUAGCACUGGGAACAUUUUUUGAGCAGCUUUAG